AUGGCGACUACAGGUGCAAUCCCAACGGCCGAGGAGGCAUGGAAGGCGGCCCAGAAGGUUCGAGCUGCAAUCCACAAGGAAACCCAAAGCAUCCAGCAUGGCGGACCGGGUUCGAACGAGGAGGCUCGCUUCCAAAAGAUUGAGAAGCUAAUGGAAAACUACCGUCUCCAUUGCGUUAGCAUUAUCUGGACCGAUAUUCGCGCGGCGAGCGAACUGGACGUCGAGCAAACCCUCUGGAGCACCCAUAGCAUGGUCACGAAUACCUACCGAAACGCCAUCGGAAAAAUCCAGGGAUCUGGUCAAGCGGUCCACAAGCGCAGCAUAGAGAAGCUCUACCUGGCCUUCCUCAAGACGACCCAAUAUUUCUACAAGGGCUAUCUCCAGCGCGUGUGCGCUCGCUACAACAUGAAGGCACUGAAGCGUAUUGCUCGCAUGGCCGAUCUCGAGGACAUGUCUGUGCCGGACGAAGACAGGGUCGACCCCGCUGCUGCGAAUCUUGAAGGGCUUGUCACCGCGUCCUGCCACAGAACUCUCGUCUAUAUGGGCGACUUGGCCAGAUACCGCACUCUCAUCCGCUCCAAGGACCGCCGCUUCGAUACCGCCCUGGCUUACUACUCAAUGGCCAACGACCUCAUGCCAGAGUCUGGAUUUGCCCAUCACCAGAGUGGGCACAUUUAUGCCACCCUCGAGAACCAUCUUGAGGUUGUCUACCACUUCUACCGCGCCAUCGCAUGUGACAAGCCGCACCCGAAUGCCCCGGCCAACCUCGAAACCGAGUUCAAAACCCUCCGCAAGCGUAAAGCUGCUGCCGCGGCCAAGGGCAGUGACGAUGCCAUGAUCUCUUGGUUUGUCAAGCUCCAUGCCUUUUACUCAAAGGGAGAAGAGUUCAACGAGCGCAAGGAACUUGAAGCCGAGGUUGACACUCGUUUGGCCUUGGCUUUGACCAAGAGCAACCAAGCUGAUGUCACCAAGGUUCUUCUGAAGAUGGUGCUGAUCAACAUCACGGCUUACGUUGUCGGAAAGAAGAACGUUGAAGCCGGUUGGACCGCCGAGAGAUCCCUGUCCUGCCAGUUCAUCUUGUUGCAAAACGUUCGUGUGAUUCAUACGAUCUCCCGCAUCCUCCACGAGGAGGUUCAGGAUAUCCUUCGACGUCCGGCUGCCCCUAGUGCUGCCUCCGCAAAGAAAGCGGAUACGGCUAGCAGAUAUACUGCCACCUUCCAACGCACGCUGCCCCUUUUGCGCGUGUAUAUGGCCUGGCUUUGCUCCUACAGCAAGGACAUCGUGGACUUCCAGGCCUACCUGGAGCCCCUUUACGGAAACAUGUGCAAGGCUCUUGCCCGCGCGCUUACCGUUCUGUUCGAGCUGUGGCUGAGCGAUACUAAACUCAAGUCUAUUGUGCCCUACCAGUUCCCCGAGGACGAGGAAACCAUUGGUAUCAAAUGCUUGAACGGGCCCGACCUUCAUGACGGCUGCCAGCUGUCUUACGAUCCCACCACUUGCCAGCCGAAGCCCAGGGCUGAGGACGUCAAGGAUGCCAGCUUUACGGAGGACGACGUUGCCUUCACUCGCAUCUUCGAUGUCCUCUUCUGUGCGAUCGAUCUUGCUGAACGCUCGACUUUUCCUCUUGUGGUCUGCAAACUUAUGGAGGACUCGCGUGAGGUCACCAAGUUCGCGUAUGCGGAAGGUGGAAAACAGCAGCCCGUUGCGCAGUCUGAAGUUGAACAGCGGCCCUCUCCCGAGACUGGAUUCCCGGUUACCGAGGAUAUCCCGUCUCCCAUUGUUGACCAGGUUCCUGUGAACGCUCCGGUUGCGGCCUCUCUUACGGCCCCCGUUGCUGCCCCAGUUACCGCUCCUGUCACGGCACCUAUUGAGGAGGUUGCUCUGGACAGUCUGGACGAGUUUGCCGAAGAUCGCGAUUUUUACAGAGACCCCAAGGAGAUUCAGCCUCCUGUGAGCCAGCCUUCGGUUUCGCGUGCCCCGAAGGCACCGCAGGCCGCUUCAAACUCCGAGUACUCCAUCGACGCCCAAAUGUACCAGCUCUUGAGCGAUUUCCUUGCUCCCCCGGAUACGACCGGCCAUUCUCGGAAGCCCAGCAGCCAUGGACAAGACGAGACUUCGUACGGAAUUGGUUCUGCCACCGCUAACGAGCUUCGGAAUGCUUUCGGAUCUCCUAGCCCAGGCUCUGGUUCCGGACAAGGUUCCGCUUCUGGGUCGGCUCCUGGGUCAGCUACUGCCAGAGGAUUCCAGCAAUUGCCCUGGAACUACUUCUACACUCCUGGCACUGCUGACAACGAAGUUCCGAGGUCUUCUGUUGGUCGUGGUACUCCCGGUUCUUGGGGAGGACAGGGAUCGCCGUAUAUGCAUUCCAAGAGCAUGAGCAACGCGGCAAUGCCAUCAGGAGCCUCAAUCACCACUGGCCCCAGCACUAUUGAACAGCAACUUGCCAACCAACUGGCCAGCCUUAUCCCGUCCACUUCCGCGAAGCAUCAGGCUGCUUCUCCCCGCGGUGCGUGGCCGGAGCUGGGACAGGCAUCAGCUUCGCAUACCAGGCAACGGUCCAGUGUCGGCCAGCCUGGUACUGGUUGGAAUACUACGGCCACCAAUCCCUCCGGGUUGUGGGGCGACAUGCCCAACUCCCCGUUCUCCUCUAUGACCUUCUCAGGUGCGACUUCUAGCCUUCCUCCGGUCAAUAGUCCUUGGGGCCUGCCAGCAAAGUCCCACUGGGAUGCUAUUCCCAACCGCAACCCCAGCGUGUCAUCCCAGCCCAAGUCUGCCGGGCUUGCUGGUAGGAUUCCCCCGGGCUUUGGCCCUCGAAACUCGAGCCCCAGUGGCACAUAUGGAAAUGGGGGACAGUUUGAUGCAUUCAACGGCUUCGGACAGAGUGGCAUGGCUACCAGGACCGCACAGCAAAAUGCUUUCAACCAGUCAAACGCUGGCGCGUAUGCCUCUUCUCAGGUUGACGAGUACAACAGGCAAGCUCUUAUGAAUGCUUGGGCUAAUGACUGCGAGCGCACCUCAGCUGCUUUCGCUGGCGCACCUCCAGGCUUCGGAGCUGGCGGAAGGCCUCAGCCCCCUCCUGGCUUCCCGAAGCGUUGA